AUGUACAGGUCUCGUCUUCGCCAGGAAGACUUCCCUCCCCGCAUCGUGGAGCACCCCUCUGACCUCAUUGUGUCCAAAGGGGAACCAGCCACUCUCAACUGUAAGGCAGAGGGCCGUCCAACCCCCACGGUGGAAUGGUACAAAGAUGGGGAGCGUGUUGAGACGGACCGUGACAACCCCCGCUCCCACCGUAUGCUGCUGCCCAGCGGGUCCCUCUUCUUCCUACGUAUCGUCCACGGGCGACGGAGCAAGCCCGAUGAUGGCAGCUACGUGUGCGUGGCCCGAAACUAUCUGGGCCAGGCAAUCAGUCACAAUGCAUCCCUGGAAGUAGCCAUUUUACGUGACGACUUCAGGCAGAACCCCUUGGAUGUCAUGGUUGCGGUGGGUGAGCCCGCAGUGCUGGAGUGCCAACCACCCCGUGGGCACCCUGAACCCACCAUCUCAUGGAGGAAAGAUGGAGCCAGUUUAGACGACAGAGAUGAACGCAUCACAAUCCGCAGCGGCAAACUGAUGAUCACCAACACCAGGAAGAGUGACGCAGGGAAAUAUAUCUGCGUCGGGACGAACAUGGUGGGCGAGAGGGAGAGCGAGAUCGCCGAGCUCACCGUGCUAGAGCGCCCGACCUUCGUGAAGCGGCCCAGCAGUGUGGUGGUGUUGGCAGACGAGAGCGUGGAGUUCCACUGUGUGGUUCAAGGAGACCCUGUUCCCACUAUCCGCUGGAGAAAAGACGAUUCUGACCUGCCGAAGGGCAGAUUUGAAAUCCUAGAGGACCAUACCUUGAUUGUUCGCCAAGUGACCUCUUCAGAUGAGGGCUCCUAUACAUGUGUGGUGGAGAACAUGGUUGGGAAGUCUGAAGCAUCCGCCACGCUCACUGUACACGUCAACACUGUGCCCCCAGCAUUUGCCAUACGCCCCAGGAACCAGGUGGUGACAGUGGGCAGGACGGUCACCUUCCAGUGUGAAGCCACCGGCAACCCACAGCCGGCUAUCUUCUGGCAGAGGGAGGGCAGUGAGAGUCUCCUGUUCUCUUACCAGCCACCACAGCCCUACAGCCGCCUGUCUGUCUCCCAGAUGGGCAGUUUGACCAUUACUGAUGUUCAGCACUCUGAUGGCGCCUUCUACAGCUGCCAGGCUCUCAACAUCGCUGGCAGUGUUAUUACCAAAGCAUUGCUGGAGGUCACAGACUCCGGGUCAGACCAACCUCCUCCUGUGAUUAGGCAGGGUCCAGUCAACCAGACUGUUCCUGUGGACAGCACAGUAGUCCUGGGGUGCCAGACUGCAGGCCCUCCACCUCCUACAGUCCACUGGAAGAAGGAUGGUGUGCUGGUGUCUCCAGUGGACUCCCGCAUGUCCCUAACUGAUGCAGGAUCACUGGAGAUUCGCUACACUAAGCUGGGAGACACAGGCUUCUACACUUGUGUAGCUUCUAGUCCAAAUGGAGAGGCCUCCUGGACAGCAUACUUGCAAGUAGAAGUUGUUGUCCAGUCCAGUCAUCCCACAGAUCCUAACCUGAUUCCCAGUGCUCCGUUUAAACCUGAGGUGACUGAUAUCAGCCGCACCUCUGUCACUCUGUCAUGGAAAACCAACCCCAGUGCCGGUGCAACACCUACAUCUUACCUAAUCGAGGCCUUCAGUUAUACACUGGGCAGCAGAUGGGUGACUCUAGCUGAGCAUGUGAAGACACAGACCUUUGUCCUGAGGAACCUGAAGCCUGGAGCUGUCUACCUCUUUAUGAUCAGAGCGGUGAAUGCUUACGGCCUCAGUGACCCCAGUCCAAUCUCUGACUCUGUCAGAACACAGGACAGCACCUCCACCAUGCAGGGAGUGGAUCACCGUCACAUCCAGAGGGAGCUGGGAGAUGUAGUGAUCCACCUGCACACGCCAGCUGUCCUGUCGUCUUCUGCUGUCAGGCUGCAGUGGAUGGUCGAGCAGCAGUCCCCAUACAUCCAGGGUUACAAGGUGCUUUACAGGGCGUCCGCUGAGCAUGGGCAGCCUGAGGGGCAGUGGAGUGUCCUGGAGGUACGCAGCCCACGGGAGGACGGGGUGGUGAUCGGUCAGCUGAAGAGAGGCUCCAUCUACGAGUUCAAAGUGCGCCCCUUCUUUGAUGAGUUCCAGGGAGCUGACAGUGAGGUGAAGGUGGUUAGGACAUUGGAAGAAGCUCCCAAUAGAGCACCACAGGGUGUCACAGUGACAAAGAGUGAUGUAAAUGGAACUGCCAUCCUCAUUGCCUGGAAACCGCCUCCGGACCCGGAAGAGGUUGGAGUCAUUCAAGAGUACAAGAUCUGGUGCCUGGGUAAUGAGAGUCGCUAUCACGUGAACCAGUCGGUCGAUGGCUCCACCUUCUCUGUGCUCAUUUCCAGUCUGGCACCAGGAAUUCGUUACAGUGUAGAGGUUGCAGCAAGCAACGGAGCUGGACCUGGGGUCAAGAGCGAUGUCACUUUCUUUCAAUUAGACUCAGCAGGCCAGAUGAUGGACAUCAGUGAGGAAAGAGACACGUUGUCUCAGAUCUCAGAUGUUGUGAGACAACCAGCAUUUAUCGCUGGCAUUGGCGCCACCUGCUGGUUGGUCCUCAUGAUUUUCAGCGUGUGGCUCUACCGUCACCGUAAGAAGAGAAGUGGCCUGAGCAGCACGUACACUGGCAUCCGCAAGGUCCCAUCAUUCACCUUUACACCUACAGUUGCGUAUCAAAGAGGAGAGUCUGUGUGCAGUGCUGGCAGACCUGGCCUCCUCACCAUGGGUGAACCUCUAAACCAGCUGUGGCUGCCAGACAAUUGGCCUAAUGCAUGUGCCAAUCACAAGGACUGUAGCAUCAACUGCUGCAAUAAUGGCAACGGCACCAGUGACAGCAACAUGACAACAUACAGCCGACCAGCUGACUGCAUAGCCAACUAUGGAAACCAUCCAGAAAACAAACAGGGGGGGCAGCUCACUUCUGAGACGGCUAUUUACAGCGAUGUGAACCUCUCCAACAAGCUCAAUGAGAUUAAAACAUUCAACAACUCCAACUUGUGCUAUGCAAGUCCAGGAGGAGAUUCAGCAGCCACAUAUGAGCCCAUCCCAUACGCCACCACGCAGCUCAUUCAGGCCAGCAUCAAGAAUAAGGCGGCCUCUGGGGGCGCCAUAGCAGAGCCUCUGGACAUGCCCUCGUGGAAACAGCCCCCCAACCCUCCUCCCAUACCAAAGGAGAUGGCAGCGCAGAUGCAGUACAACAUAAUUGAGCAAAACAUGCUAAAUAAAGAUCAUCUGCAAGGAAAUGAAGGAAUGAUCCAUCCCAAAACCAUCGCCUACAACCAGACCCGGGAUCACAGCACAGGAGGCUCACACCACAGCUCAGACAGAGGCAGCAACAGCACCUCAGGGAGUCAAAAUCAAAAGAAAGGAACACGGGCCCCGAAGAUGCCAAAACAUAAUGCAGUGAGCUGGGGAGAAGCCCCGUCUCCUCCUCAUGCUAAUGCCUGGGACUGUGAUGAGUAUAGCCUUCCCAUGGAAAGGAGUUUUAACCCAGAGGAGAGAAUAGAAAGCUGUCCUACUCCACCAGUCAGAGGGGCAGCCUCAUCCCCCGCUGAAGUGUCCUAUAGUCACCCACCUGCUACACUACCACAGGGAGACCUGAGCAGCGGCCUGCACAAUGGAGCCGAGCACCUCAGCCAACAUGUCACCGGCCACCCCCGUCCUCCCUCCCCAUCACACACCUACAGCUCCAUACCCCUCUGCAUGGACACUGAUGAACAGGAAGAGGAUGAGGAGGAGGCAGAAGAGGAGACAGACGCAGAGCUCCCUGACAGUCAGUACAGCCAACACCACAACCGGCAGAAGCAUAAACACCAGCUGCACCACCCCUCUCCACACAAGCUGCUCUUCCACGGGCUGGACCAGACCCCAGCCUCCAGCAUCGGGGAUCUGGACAGAUCAGUCACAGGGUCCAUGGUUAACAGCUGGGGCUCAGCAUCUGAGGACAACAUCUCAUCAGGCAGGUCCAGUGUUGUCAGCACCUCAGAAGGAUCCUUCUUUACAGAUGGCGAUUUCAACCAGGCAGUAGCCUCGUCACGGGAUAUCGUAGGCCUGCGCAUGUGCAGAUACCCAGAGGAGUCAGGCCGGCGGCACCAGCGUCCCAGCAGCCCCAUGUCCACAGACAGCAACAUGAGUCCUGCAAUAACACAUAAAAGGCCCAGGAGGCAUAAACAGAACCAGUCUGGUCAACAGGGCUACCAACCCAAAGAUGUCUUCAAUGAUGACACUUGCAUGCCUCUGAAUUUCUCCAGCCAAAUGUCCCAUGGUGACUAUAAAGUGAGGGGGGCCACGCUGCCUCGGAUGGGCUCUGGGGACGCCCGGGGUCGACGCGGCAGCACUGGGACUCACAGGGUGAGGGAGGGCACAUUGGAGCAGAGAGAGAGCCAGGACAAGCACAGGACUCCACUAGGAGGAAAAGGAAGUAGCAAAAACCGACAGCACUCAGAAUUUGGGGACGUCCUUCUGUACAGUCGUCCCUCUUUCCCAUCAGGUCAAGCUCAGAGGGAGCCUGAUGAUCCUAAUUCAUCCAGCUUUAUGUCAUGUGGAGACUCAAGGACCAAACAGGGAGGAGAGGUGGAAGAGUUCCUGAAGAGCUAA